UUAAAAUAAGGUAGUCAAUUCGCAUAUAAACAUUGGCUGAAUCUUUUGCUCCUUUUCAGCCUCAGAAUAAUGAUUGCUUUAUAAACUAAAACCCUGUUAAAGAAGGAGGAAUAAAAAGGAUUCAUUAUUAAUCUAAAAACCUAAUAAAGAAGAAGAGGGAUUCAUUAUUUUAAAAAAUCAUGGUUACAACAGAAGAUAUUAUUGAAGAGAAGGAGGAGAAAAAGGCUCCAGUCUUCAAAAAUCCAGAAUUCCAGCAUACUGCAUUCCGUAGCAGCAAAAAAAGAGGAUGGAAGAACUUGAAACAGAUUAUAGCUCUGGAAAGGGGCUACACCUGGCCUCAUGAUGCUGUUCACUAUAGCAGCAUUGAUGCCCCUCCUGCCUUUACACCAGCCAAAAAAUAUUCAGAUGUGUCUGGAUUACCUGCCAACUACACUGACCCACUAACAAAACUGAGAUAUGCAGAUUCUUCAGAAUUUUAUAGGGUCCGUGAUCUACCAAUGGACAUUGUUAAUGGUCUAUUAGAGUUGAGAAAAGCUAAUAGUAUAGUUGGAUGAUUGAUGAUUAUUGUACACAUGUGUUUGGUCAAAAUCAUUUAUAGUGCUUUUUUUUACAUUGUAAUUUUAUAUAGCA